AUGUUGGAGAAUACAGUGGCAGAAAAUGUUUUAGGUACAAUUGGUACAAUAUGUUGGUGUAUUCAACUUAUACCUCAGAUUAUACGAAAUUAUAGAGUAAAAGAUUGUGAAGGUGUCCCGCCACUCAUGUUGUUUCUAUGGACUGCUAGUGGUGUUCCCUUUGCUAUAUACUUUUUUGCCACAGAUGGAGCUAUUCCCUUACAGAUCCAGCCUCAAUUAUUUACAUUUUUUUGUUUAAUUACAUGGGUACAAACAUUAUACUAUCCACCACAUAAGAUUAGCAGAAGAAGAUUAAUCAUUUUUGUUACAUCAUUUCUCCUUAUAUCAGUUGGAUUGGAAGUUGGAUUCAUAUUAUGGUUGAGACCACUUUAUGCUAGAGGUAUAGAAUGGCCGAUGUUAAUCAUUGGGAUUAUUGCGUCAAUACUUUUGGCCGUUGGAUUAAUUCCCCCAUAUUUUGAGUUAGCAAAGAGAAAAGGUCGUGUUGUCGGUAUUAACUUUGGAUUUUUACUCAUUGAUUCAGCCGGUGCAUUUUUCUCCAUUUUGAGUAUCAUCUUUGGUACCGUCGACAUCAUGAGCAUUGUGUUAUUUGGAAGGAAAGAAAAAGCAACUGAUGAUUCACUGUCCUUGGAAUCUGAUCCAGAACAUCAAGAGAUUACUGUCCAGGACAAGUCUGAGGUUGAAAGUAAAAUCUCCAUCAGUGUAAAUACUAAGUAG